AUGGAAACCCCGACUCACUCGCCCAUUCAGCACCUGCAGUUCGUUCACCGUCGACUAAGGGCAGCUCAAGAAACCCUUAGAAAUUCCACGAUAUUUCCCCUCGAAAUAGACACACCACCAUCUUACGUCAGGCGAGACAGAUACGUCAGGUUCGCCCACACUCUCCUGGCUAACUGGUCUGCCGAUCACGAGCUCCAGUUUAGAGAGAGAAUUCGCGAACUGUUUCCCGGUUCGGGAGACAGGCUGUCAGGGCAGAAAGUAUUUGACAGUCCCAUGGUUAACGAGACAACGCUUCUGCCGCUAACUGAGCCCGAUGGCGGCCGCCCCUCUCUGCCCUUCCAGAUGUCCCUCCACCUCGAAGUCAUCUGGAGUGUCGCCUUCAUCGUCCUCAUUGUGGGCGCUUGUGUCGGCAACGUCCUGGUUAUCAUGAUCAUUCUCGGCAACAGACGGAUGAAAACGACGACAAAUUAUUUCCUUCUGAACCUUUCCGGAGCAGAUCUGUCCAUGGCCAUCUUUAAUUGCACAUUUAAUUUUUUCUACAUGCUUAAAAGUCACUGGCCAUUCGGAACGGUCUACUGUGUCGUGUCGCAGUUCAUAGCCCACGUCUCGCUUGCAGCCUCAGCAUUCACGCUCGCUGUUAUAUCCUUCGAUAGGAUUCUGAACGUGAUCCGGCCGCUGAAGCCCAGCAUGAGUCGCUCGGGGUGUCGGCUUCUGCUCUGCGGGACGUGGCUGGUGUCUGCCCUCCUCGCGGCCCCCAUCCUGCCCUACGCCACCACCAUCCACAGCAGCGAGAGCGGGAGAAUCAACUGUGUCAUUGCUUGGCCCGACGGACUGGCCAUGAGGUCCAAGACAGAUUAUGUGUAUAACGUGAUGAUCCUUGUUGUAACAUACUUGGCUCCAAUGUUGGCUAUGAUCAUCUGUUACGCUAUUAUAGCCUCCGAGGAGCAAUCAUCUCCACCCGAUGAUGAAAAUGGGAAUGUCGUGCAAAUGCUCGCCCUUCUGGUCGUGAUCUUCGGGCUGUGCUGGCUGCCGUACCACACGUAUUUCAUCGUCGUGCACCACCACCCCGAGUUCAGCACGAGGCCGUACGUGAAUCACAUCUACCUGGCCUUUUACUGGCUGGCUAUGUCAAACGCAUUAAUUAACCCCAUCGUUUAUUACCUGCUGGACGCUCGGUUCAGGUACUUCUUCAGUCAUCUACUCGUCGGAGCCAAAGAGUCCUUAGAAAAGUGCAUCGGGUUGGAUCAGUCGCCGUCACAGUACUCGGAAAGCCAUGACCUCUUCGCCAUCCCCCUGCCCGAAGUAGGAGCUCGAGGAGGCAACAGUACACACAGACCCCCCCUUCCAUCGUCAGCAGUCCUCGAUGACGAGCGACACACGACUAAGCCGUCUUAUAUAGUGCUUUUACCUAUUGUUGCCUAUACCAACUAUAAUCACGGGGAGAGCCUUCGGACUUAUUGUUCCAGAAACAAAGAAAGGCGGAAAGAAGCUUAG